AUGGCAAGUUGCAACAUGACUUCUGCUGCCUCAGGAUUUCUAGUGACACCAAAUGUCAUCUCCAGCACAAGCACGCCUCGUAGCAGAAUGCUACUUUUCACUUCAAGGAAAAACAGCAACUCAAGGCUGAUAGUACGGGCCGAGGAGGCAGCUGCACCAGCUGCUGCCCCUGCUCCAGUGGCCAAGCCGCCUCCUAUUGGACCCAAGAGAGGAACUAAGGUCAGAAUCCUUCGCAAGGAGUCCUACUGGUACAAGGGUGUUGGAUCAGUUGUAGCUGUUGACCAGGAUCCUAAGACUCGCUACCCAGUUGUUGUGCGGUUUAACAAAGUGAAUUAUGCUAAUGUUUCGACAAACAAUUACGCCUUGGAUGAGAUCCUAGAAGUUGUUUGA